AUGACACACAGAAAAGUCGGGAACAAUAGAGUCCUCCGCAAGGACGAAUCAGGAACCUACUACAAGGACAUUGUCUUUGUCCCCAGCGGGUCACUCUCCAUGAACAAUAACCCUACUGCUUCAACUUCAAGUACUCGCAGCAGGGAGGAGGACAUCAACGAAAUCCGAGAGAUCAACAAGCAACUUGUCAAUACCAGGAUCCAAUAUCACAUCAUCUGCAGCGCCUUCGUCAACAUCGAGUGUGCCCUUACCGCAGCCAACCACACCAUCAAGCACUACUUCACACCUGCCAGGAUCAAGCAUAACCUCAAGCACAUCGGCAAAACCAACACCACAGAGCACACAAGUAACGUCGGACGAAAUUGUGCGGAGGAACUGGAGCCACGCCAUCCCAUCAGGAUCAACUACCACCGAUGCAACAUCACCGCCUAA